CGCUGCUCUCCGUCUAGUAGCCGCUCAUCCUGCUCCAGAGGUACCACCAGGAUGAUCCGCCGCUGCACCGACGCCGACAACCUUCACUUCACUUUCAUUUAACCCUUCACUCGGACCCCCGCCGGCCGCCCUGCUACACCCAUGCUCUGCCCUCCUCCUGAGAUGCGAUACCGCUGCACAGUUUCCCGGAGAAUACCUUUAUCCGUCCAUCGCUGAUAGAGAGCAUGCCCGACGCGGGGACGGCAUCGGCGGCCGCUGCAGCCGCGGCGGCCGCCAGCGGCGCGACCUCCGCCGGCGACGGCCCCGAGAGCUCUCGGCACCGACACCGAGCGCAGCAGGGAGACGCGGAGAGGCCGGACCCGGGCGCUGCCCAGCCGCAAGCCUCCUCCGGUGUACUGGAUAAGUUGUUUGGAAAGCGGCUCCUGCAGGCUGGGAGACACAUCAUGUCUCAUAAGUCUUGGAUGAAAACGGUGCCCACAGAGAACUGUGAUGUCCUCAUGACAUUUGCAGACACCACAGAUGACCACACGUUACUAUGGCUACUGAACCACAUCCGGCUGGGAAUCCCAGAGCUCAUCAUCCAGAUCCGACAUCACAAGCACACACGAGUCUACGCGUUCUUCGUCACCGCUACAUACGAAAAUUUGUUGCGCGGAGCUGAGGAAAUGGGACUGAGGAAAGCGGUGAAGCCCGAGUUUGGCGGAGGAACGCGGAGCUUCUCCUGUGAGGAGGACUACAUCUAUGAGAACAUAGAGAGCGAGCUGUGCUUCUUCACCUCACAGGAGAGGCAGAGCAUCAUUAAAUACUGGCUGGACAAUCUACGUGCCAAACAUGGGGAGGUGCUCCAUAAUAUCACCUUCCUAGAAGGCCAGCCAAUCAUCCCAGAGCUGAGUGCGAGAGGUGUGAUCCAGCAGGUAUUUCCUCUCCAUGAGCAGAGGAUCCUCAGUCAGCUGAUGAAAUCUUGGGUUCAGGCUGUUUGUGAGAAACAGCCCUUAGAUGAUAUCUGUGACUACUUUGGGGUGAAGAUCGCCAUGUACUUCGCCUGGCUGGGUUUCUACACCACUUCUAUGUUAUAUCCCGCUGUGAUCGGCUUCGUGCUUUGGAUGCUCACUGAGUCGGAUCAGACGAGCCGCGACAUCUGCUGCGUGGUGUUUGCACUGUUCAACGUGGUGUGGGCCACUCUGUUUCUGGAGCGGUGGAAGAGGAGAGGGGCUGAGCUGGCGUACAAGUGGGGAACGCUGGACACGCCUGCUGAAUCCCUGGAGGAGCCACGGCCUCAGUUCCGGGGAGUCAAGCGAUGCAGUCCUAUAACAGGAUGUGAGGAGUUCUACUAUCCUCCGUGGCGGAGGCGUCUAUUCAGAUGGCUGGUCAGCCUGCCCAUCUGUCUCCUCUGUCUCUGUUUUGUCUUCCUGGUCAUGCUCAUCUGCUUUGAGCUGCAGGAGUUUGUGAUGAGGAUCAAGGAAAUGCCUCGGCUAGCUCGCUUCAUCCCCAAAAUCAUGCUAGCUAUCACUGUGACUGCAUGUGACGAGGUGUACAGGAAAAUUGCCUGCUGGCUCAAUGACAUGGAAAACUAUAGACUCCAGAGUGCCUAUGAGAAAAAUCUCAUCAUCAAAAUGGUUCUUUUUCAGUUUGUAAAUUCUUAUCUCAGCCUUUUUUACAUUGGAUUCUACCUCAAAGACAUGGAGCGUCUGAAAGAGAUGCUGCUGGUGUUGCCUCUAACGCGGAGUCUGCAGCGGCAGGUCCAGGUCAAUGUGCUGCCUUUCAUCUCCCUCAAGAUCCGGAUGUUUGUGGUGUCUGUUCCCUGGUUCUUCAGGGCUUUACUCAAGUCAAAAAUGCUGGCCACUCUUCUCAUCAUACGCCAGUUCCUUCAAAAUGUGAAGGAAGUGCUGCAGCCUUACCUGUACGAGCGCCACAAGCUGGGGGAUCUCACGCUGAGAGCCGUGUGGGACCUGCUGCUCUCGGUGCUGCAAAAAUACGCCCGGCUGGCGGCUGGAAAAGCCCAGGCCUCCCCCACUGACCAGACUGUGCCGGGACCUGGGCUGCGGGGUACCAGGCCUGGAGUGGGGCAGCCGGAGAGAAGAGAAAAGAAGUGUUUGAACGGGGGAUGUGGAGUGCCUGACGAGGAGGAGGGCGGUGAGAGGGACGAGGCCGACAGCGGGAGGUUCAGUGAAGGAGAGACGGAGGAGGAAAGUUUGAUCGACUGCGGCUUGAAGCUGAGGAAAGUCAGCUUCAUCGAGAAGGUGGACAGAAGGCCAGUCUGUAGUGGACCCCCCAUGGACAACAGUUUCCUGGAGGAGGGGAGUCCCACUAUGGUGGAAAAGGGCAUGGACCCUGCUUCUAUGUUUGAAAUGUGUGAUGAGGACGAUGAUAAUGGCAUCCACGAUGUGAAGGACUCGAGUGGGGGCACGACUGAGGCAGUUAAUGCUGCUGCUGGUGCCACUGCCGCUGCCGCUGCUGCUGCUGCUGCCGGUAGCUCCGCCCCGCUGCCUUCUGGGUCCGAGAGCAGCACGUCAGUACGUCACAGGAGGAGAGGCCGGAGCGUGGAGAGGGUCGAACCUAAAGCGAAGAGAGAAUCGUGGAUCGAUCCUCCUGCAGAGCGAGAGAGCACCACGCUCACUCAGGCUGAGAUGGAGAGCUGCAUGCAGACAUACGCUGACACCUUCCAGGACUACCAAGAGAUGUUUGUCCAGUUCGGCUACGUGGUGCUCUUCUCCUCCGCCUUUCCUCUGGCCGCCAUGUGUGCACUCAUCAACAACAUCAUCGAGAUCCGCAGCGAUGCCUUUAAGCUCUGCACCGGCCUGCAGAGACCUUUUGGAAUCCGAGUGGAGAGCAUCGGCCAGUGGCAGACUGCGAUGGAAGCCAUGGGCCUGAUUGCCAUCAUAGUGAACUGCUACCUGCUCGGUCAGUGCGGUCAGCUGCAGCGUCUCUUUCCGUGGCUCAGCCCUGAGAUGGCCAUCAUCUCCAUCGUCAUCCUCGAGCACUUUGCCAUCUUCCUGAAGUACAUCAUCCAUGUGGCUAUUCCUGACAUUCCUACGUGGGUCAGUGAAGAGAUGGCUAAACUGGAUUAUCAGCGGCGGGAGGCCUUUAAGAAGCACGAGCGGCAGGCGCAGCAGCAUUACCAGCAGCUGCAGAGGAGGAAGAGGGAGGAGGAGGAGAGGCAGAGGCAGGCGGAGCAUAUGGCCCGCAGAGAGAGGGAGCGGGACGACGGCAAAGGUGACUCAUCCGGGGAUCACCACCACGACAAAAGUCACGGCAGCAAAUCACGUUCCGGGGGAGGAGGCGGGGGAGGAGGGGGAGGAGGAGGAGGCGGAGGAGGAGGAGGGGGCAGCGGGUCGGACAAGCCCAAGAGGCCCAGCUCCCUGUUGGCCAAUAACAACGUGAUGAAGCUGAAACAGAUCAUCCCGCUGCAGAGCAAGUUCUCCUCCGGCGGCGCCCGCUCCCCCCAGUCGCCCACCGGCAGCGAGCCGAAGCUGCCCGGCUUCCUGAGCUUCAAAUUCCUCAAGUCGCCUGAGAACAAGAAGGAAGGCGCCGCGGCAUCCGCAGCUUCCACCGCAUCCACCAACACCACAUCGACGGCAUCCUCAUCGUCAUCUUCCUCAUCAUCAGGUAGCAGCUCUCAGGAGCGUUCUCAGUCACCCAGCAAAGCCUUCAACCCUGGGAAACUGUUUAACUUUGGGAAGUCUGAGGGGGGAGCGUGCGUGAACGGGGCCCCGCCGCCCAGGCCCGGGGAGGGAUCAUCAUCACAGGCAUCCGAGAGGCAGGCGUCGCGGUCCGACUUGAACGGCGUCCCAGACGAGAUCCCCUCUCCCGGAGGGGAAGGGUCCGAGAACGGACAUUCAGCGGACUUGGACGGGGGUGGUUCUAAAAUCUAGCAGCUCCAGGGAGAAAAGAAAAAUGAAAAUACAAAAAAAAAACAACCUGUCUUUGGUUACAUCUCAUCUGAAGAGGUGAUGUGAUGUCAAAGUACUUGAAGCAGAGAGAGGGAAGCUGAUGAGAGAUGGCGGUUGUUUUGGUUUGCAAUUUUGCCGAGAGACAAAAAAAAAAACAAAUAAGCCCCUCUAUCAUGAACGAAUAAAAACACACACUCCCUUACACACACACACACACACACACACACACACACACACACACACACACACACACACGAUUCUUCCUUGUCUGCAAUACAUAAAGAAAUGCAUGAGCUGCGUUUCUAAUAUUUUUAAGCCUUUAAAACAGAGAGCUGUGUUUCUUGAUUUCUUCUAGUCAGCAACUGUAAGCAUCUCGGUGGCCUCGCACGAGGACAUGACGACCUGUUGUGGAGGAAAUAGAUUAAAAAAAAAACUUACACGGUGGUAUGAAAGGAUUACAGAUUGUACAUGAGAGUGUUUUUAGCCGUCACAACACAAGUGAUCAUUAGAUAUCUGUCUCAUUUUUAACUGUGAGGAACUCUUGGGCCCUUCACUUUUGUACUGAAGCGAAAAAAACAGAAAAAGCAAUAUCAAUCAGUGUUUUAAUAAUUCUUAUCAAUCAUCACAUGACGGCCCCCUUAAUAACCGUCCCCGGUAUAUAUCACCAGCUUUAUUUUCAAAGCAGAGGUGAUCUGUCCAGGCUCUGUGCACCCUCCCUCCCUCCCUCCCUCCCAUCCCGUGGCUUGAAAAGGCAAGCUCCCAAAAAAAUGAAAAAUAAAAUAAAAUAGAAGUAGAUGAAGGUGAUUUUGAGGAACUGGAGCAUGGAUGCCUGUUGCGCGCUGUUCUCCAUCCAAGCCCGUAGAGCGCCUUGUAAACACAGAUGGUGCUUCAUUCCGCACACUCAGAGCCAGACUUGGCAAAAACGAGCAUGAAGAGUGAAAGAAGUAACAUUUGCACUAAACCCUGACGUCCCCGCAUAGAAACGCGCCUCCCUCUCUGACACCAGCCUGCCUCAUGACAUUAUGCAAAAGCUGGAUUUUUUUUGGAUUUUUUUUUUAUCCUUUCAUUCAGUGCGUGCAAUUUUUUAUAAUAAUUUCUUCUUAUGCUGUUGAUGAUGAUUUUUAUUUUAUUUUUUUUUUAACCCAAGAUGUGCAUACAGUACUGGACAAAACAUUACGGCACUUCAGAGGAAGAUGCAUUUCAUAAAAACAAAAAUUGCAGUUUGCAGAAAUUUUUAUUUGGACAAACGCUUUUCUGAUGUGGCCUCCCCCAAAAAAAGGAAACAGUUUUUGAUGCUCGUGACUCCAGGAUGAUUUCGAAUAACAAAUCUGAACAUCUAAAAGUGCCUAAUACUAAAGUACUGCAUUAUAGUCUGUAUAUUCUGUUUUACUUCGAAACUCUCUAGCGCGCUCCUCGAGCACUCGAGCAUCCACCAUUUACACCACAUUUGACACCACAUCACAUCUGCACGGUCCCCAGAAAUAUCGUUGAGCUCAUUUCUAUUCAUGACCUGAACACUGGACCCGUAACAUCCGUCAGUAGUCGUGGGUUUGCAGCAGAGGCAGCCGGGUUUGAAGUGCGUGGCUGCGGUUUAGGGAAGAGACAUGCAUUAGGUUAGACUUAGAAAAGUUCCAGAGGCCGUUGCACUGUAUUAUAGUGAAGAGACAGAAACAUUAACUAUGCAUUAACAUGAUUUCACCUCUGGCAAGGGUUUUGGCAAUAAGAGUUGAAGAUCUAAUAGCAACCUCCCCGUCCUCUACUGCCUCUUUUUCUUUACGACCCUUCGUUUUUUUGUUUUUUUUUCUUCCUGUCAGCUCGAUGACAUCUUGAGUCUCAAUCCACCCUGACCUGCAGUGAAAACAUCAAUAACGCCUCCAUCCGUCGGCUGUUUUGUGGUUGCAGAAUGUGCAGGCAUAUUUUAUUUUAUUUUAUUUUAUUGUUGCUUUUUUUGUUACCUUCCAACAGACAAAAAAAAAAAUCACAGACAGGCAAAAAGAUCUCACGUCAGACAUUAAAUGCAAUAAGGUAUAAAAAAAAAAGACAGGACGUCAAUUUGUGUGCACAUGGCAUCAUUUUACUGCCUCAGUUUGUUCUUUUUUUUUUUUUAAUAUAUAUAUAUUUGGAAGUCUGUUCCUUUUAAGGGUAAAAUGAGAAGUGCAAGGCUGAGAGAAAUGUAAUAUCAGCUGAGAUCAACAACGUAGCCGAGCGUAGUCUCUAGAAACCCUUUUAAUCUUGCAUUUGGAUUUCAGGGAUGAAUGACUUGAUGCAAUAUAGUCCAUUAGUCACCACUGGAAAAUGUGAGUAGAGAGGAUGAGGCGGAAGACGGCCCUCAUUCAAACUAAACUUUAUCGAGUAGGAACUGAUCACUUCUUUCAUCCUUGCACUCGUGGCAGCAGCAGAAAUAUUUGGCAUGCUAAAAAAAACAAAAACUAAAAAAAAAAAAAAGUAGAGGUCUUUGAAUAAGCAUUAGUAGAAGUAACAUAUCUCGCACAGCUUUGUGUUUCACUGAAACCAUGAAACUGAAACAGCAGCAUCACUGUUUUAUCGGGCCGAGCGCAGGCAUCCCUCGUAUUAGGACAGCAGCUCAGACGGCUGAGGCUCAUCACACACCUCUAAUCCACCACCGGGAAAGAGUUUGGGCUUAACUUGGCUAAUUUUAGGAACAUGAGUCUGAUGUGAUGUCAGUGGGAAAAGGACUGAUUCAGUAAAAGUUCUGGGUUUAGAAGAGUUUAACGUGAACAGAUGAGAUUCUCACCUCAGCUACAUUAAGACCCGACCCUAACCUCAAAAUUAAAAAGACAUUUCCAUGGAAGCCUCACUUAACAGGACAUCAUACGCUCUUCCAAUGUACCACUGUACAAAAA